CUUGCACCAUUGCCAACCCAUCAUCACGCACCGUGUAUAUAAAGCCUCGUCACAUCACAGGCUUGCUUGCUUGGCCAGCGCAGCUUGGUGAUCUGCAUCGAUCGCGAUCUGCGGCCGUGACGGUGAGCCAUGGAGGAACCUUCUCACCUGUUCCUGUGCCCCAUCUCCAUGGAGCUCAUGGACGACCCCGUCACGGUGUCCACCGGAGUCACCUACGACCGCCGUAGCAUCGAGCGGUGGAUCUUCGCGUACGGCAGGGCCACAUGCCCGGCCACCAUGCAGUCGCUCGCCAACCUUGACCUCACCCCCAACCACACCCUCAAGCGCGUCAUCGACUCCUGGCUCGACCGCGCCACCCCCUCGACGUCGCCGUCGACGUCGUCAUUGUCGAGUCCGGCCCACGAGCUGGCCACGCCGCAGUCCCGGAUGCUGGAGGGGGAGCGGCUGCGGUCGGCGCUGGCCAACCUCGGGGAUACGCCGUUCAAGGUGACCGCGCUCAAGAACAUGAGGACCAGCAUGGCCGGCGACCUGGUCAUGCAGUGCGAGUUCGUGUCCUCGGGAGGCAUCCAGGUGGUCGGCCGGGUGAUGGCGCAGGCGCUCGCGGAGAGCGGCGCGGGCGGCGACUUCUCCGCGUUCACGGUGUGCGAGGAGGCCGCCGCGGUGCUCUCCGUGCUCCCGCUCGCGGACGCGGCGUUGGUGGGGCUCGUCCUUGCGCCGGAGUGCUUGAGACCGGUGCUGGCAUUGCUCCAGCGCGGCAGCACCGAGGCGAGGCUGCACGCCUUGGACAUCCUCACCAAGAUAUCCAAUGCCGGCGCCGGCGACUGGACCGCCGGCGUCGACGUUGACGAUGUGCUCAAGUCCCUCCUCGAGCUUCUGUCCGACGAGAGCUCCACGAGGCUCAGCUCCCGCGCGCUCGACGUGCUCCUGGACGUCGUGGAACGGUCCCGGAGCGGACCCGCCAAGGCCGUGGAGGUCGGCGCCGUGCACGUCCUUGUCGAGCUCCUCGCCGACGCCGAUGACCGCCACAGCGCCGAGCGGAUACUGCUGCUCCUCAAGCGCCUGUGCAAGUGUCCCGAGGGCCGCCUGGCCUUCGCGGAGCACGCCCUGUCGGUGGCGGCUGUGGCGAGGACGAUGCUGCGGGUGUCGGAGCUGGCCACCCAGCUGGCCGUCAAGGUGCUGUGGCUCGUGUCCGUGGUGGCGCCUUCGGAGAAGGUCCUGGAGGACAUGGUGCUGACCGGCGCAGUGGCGAAGCUGCUGGGGCUGCUGCACGUCGAGAGCCCACCGGCGACGAAGCAGAAGACGGUGAGGAUGGUGAGGAUCAAUGGCGGGUUCUGGAAGCAGUACCCGUGCUUCCCUACCGAUCUCAGGGGUUACCUGAGGCUGCUCGACUGAUUUGUUCACCGCUUGUUUGAUUGGUUUGACCAAACUGUAUGCAAUUAAGCAGAAAACUAAAGGAAAAUUGAGUAUUCUCUACAGAAAA